ACGUUUUGUGUGUGUUCGGCGAGUCGGUGAACGAAAGUAGGCGCCGUCCGUGUUUAUCGUUACAUCAAUAACCGGACAGUGUGAGACGUUUUCGAUCGCGUACGUUACGAAAACCAGUGCCCGAAUUGAAUAACCGUCGCUAACGACGUGUGUUUGUGUCAAAACUUUUGUACGGUCGCGUUUCAUCGGGACGAGAGGAGUGACGAUGGGUGAUCGCCGGGAUUAGGUUCACGCGUCCAGCUACGUUCCCGGAUAAUUGAGUUCCGACAGCAGUAAUUUUCCGUAAAACUGGGGCAUAAGGAUACAAGCGGCACCAAAAUGGUGGACUACUACAGAGUCCUCGAGGUGCCAAAAGGUGCGACGACCGCUGAAAUUAAAAAGGCUUACCGAAAGCUCGCCCUGAAAUGGCAUCCGGACAAGAACCCCGACAACAUGGACGAGGCCACCAAAAAAUUCAAAGAAAUCUCAGAGGCCUACGAAGUCCUGUCUGAUGAUUCGAAGCGAAAAAUAUACGACACAAGAUCGACAAGAAGCACGUCGGCGAGGACCACCAGAUCGUAUAGGAGUUCGUAUUUCGAUAGCCACAACCCGUUCUCGUCACCCUAUUUCGACAAAAAGAGACGUAUGUACGACCAGUAUGGAAAAGACGGCCUGAUAAACGGAGGCAGAAGCGGCAGAACCAGGCUAGAUGACGAUUUCGACUACAACAGUUUCGGCUUCUUCACCUUCAGAGACCCGGAGGACGUCUUCAGGGAAUUCUUCGGCGGAUGCGUUUUCGAUCUCCUCAACGACAUGCACACAGGUAGACACCAGUCGUCCCACUCGCGACGUUCCAACCGUCAUUCACACCCGCAAAACGUAGCCCUCAGCAACACGUCGCUGUUCAGUCCGUUCGGUUUCACAAUGGGCGGCAGUCUGGUGGACAACUUCUUCGGUGGAGGACUCGCCGGCAACGGGGGCUUCACCUCGUUCAGCUCGUCCACGUUCAGCAAUGCGGGUGGCCCGGUGUCCGGUAACGUUAAGAGAACGUCCACUUCUACAAGGUUCGUGAAUGGAAAGAAGAUCACCACCAAGAAAGUAUUUGAGAAUGGAAAAGAAACGGUGAUGUCCUACGAGAACGACGUACUAAAAUCGAAGACUGUCAAUGGGGUUCCUCAGAGUUUAACGUACAGUUAAGCCGACUGUUAAGCAAAAUUACCUUUGCCAUCCCAUACUUAUAGCAUAUAUUUGUCACAGUGAUUAUUGUAGUAUGAAAUCCUUGAUUUAACAAUAAAUGUGAUUUUGAUGUUACAUACAAGACAGUUAUUAAAAUUUGGCCAGUUGCCAAACAUUGUCAAGACUACUGCAACAAUUGUAAUUAAUCUUAAUUUGAUUGUUUAUAAGAUAAUAUAUUUAAUUCUGUUUUCAGAAUUUGCAUUAGUAUCUUUUUAAUAAGAAUAAUAAUAAUAAUAUAUCACACACUACCAGUUUUAUAUUGUUAUUAUUAACAGUUCACUAAUUUUAAGUCAUGUUAGGUUAGUUAUUUUUUUAAAAUUAUUAACAUUCAAGCUCACAAAAUGUGCUCAGAAAUAUCUAAACUUGUUUAGUUCUUGAAUAUAUAUUUUUUAAACGCCUGUCAUGGGAUUGAACUGUUGAUCAACUGAAAUGGCUGAUUUUGUAAAAAUUGGGUUAAAAUGUCUUAAUUUUAUCAAAAUUGUAUAUUUUUCUAAUCACGACCAUUUUAGGAAAGAAAUUAUUCUGUUAAUUUGAACUCUUCAACAGCAAAUACUUCUUAAGUUGUUUUAUCUUAAUUUAUUAAAGUUUGCUGUUGGAAGGUUUCGGAAAAUUUGUUUUUUUUUGUUGCAAGACUGCUAAUAUUUUACAAACAAGCUUGUUCUAAUGCUUAAGUGAAAGCAACUCUAGAACUAAUGUAAAAAGCUGACUAAGUUUAAUUUUUAAAUCCUUUAAUAGUUUUUUAAGUUUUUUGUCUUGUGGAUUAUUUGUUUGUCAGAAAGCAAACAACUGAUCUAUGUUUAAUUUCACUUUGCACUACCAUUUACCUCCACGAAAUUUGUAAAGUCGUCGAAAUGUUUGCGUGAUACGAAAAUGUAGAUAUUAUUUUUUAUAUCUCUGGGCUUUUUUGACGGCUUACAAACUUUAAGGACAUGAGAGAUCGGCUAUAGUCAAUCGUAAAUUAUAUUUGCACACAAGGUGUAUAUGUUUUAGCUUAAACUGUGUGCUUAAGUGUAUAAUUACAUGUUCUGAAUGAAAUAAAUAUUUAUCAAUUAGAGGAA